AAAGUGUCCGGACUGGAAGGGGGUGAAAGUGUCCGGACUGGAAGGGGGGGAAAGUGUCCUGGACUGGAAGGGGGGGGAAAGUGUCCGGACUGGAAAGGGGGGGAAAGUGUCUGGACUGGAAGGGUGGUAAAAGUGUCCAGACUGGAAGGGGGGGAAAGUGUGCGGUCUGGAAGGGGGGGAAAGUGUCCGGUCCUGGAAGUG